AAGGUAGUACUGAUAUUGGAUUGUUCUUUAGGAAUUACAGAACCAAAAGACAGCGAGGGAAGCAAAUAUCAUAUUGGAUCACACGAUGCCACUUCCAAUAGAUAUUGACCAAGAGCGUGAUUCUCGCAACAGGAGAGAGCUUGAAGAAGCGGGUCAUGUCUACAAUGAUUCUGUCAAUGCCACAACCUCAGCGUUCGAUGAAGACGAAGACUUCGAUGACGACUUCUAUAGCAGUAUAAAUACGAGGAUCCCCCUCAUAACUGCAACCGCCUCUGGAAGGUCAAGGCUCGAUGUUGGGCGCCAGUACAACCGAUACAUCAGAAGAAGCAAUGUCAGACGGUUCUACACAAACAGUAAUUCAAGCUCCCAACACUUUGGCCAAGACAGUGCAAACGAUGACAAUACAAACCUUGAUAAUACUUCCGAAUUGCAAGAUGAAGACCAUUACACCGGGCUGAUUGUACCGGACGCGGAAUCAAGACCAGAAACAGGGUUCAACCUACCGUCUUCUUAUCUGAGAAGAUACGCCCUAUCGCAGAGGAGUGCAACAAAUGCUGCCUUAUCUUCAUCAUCUACUGCUGCUUCUUUAACAUCAAACCCUACUAGCAAUAGAAGCAACGAUGUGUAUCAAGUUUCACCUGGUCGCACUUCUCUGCUCUCUGCAUUAAACGCUGCGUCGUCAGAAGCUGUGUCGAUGGAUCUGUUGACCAACUCUGAAUCGUCAAUAUUUAACCACUCUGAAACUGGAUGUGGCACCUCUAAGAAUCGUUCAUACCUCCAGAGUAUACCUCUAUGCAAGACGUUGGAUACUUUUCUAUACCGAAGACGGGCAGCAGCAGUUAAAUAUGAUAAGCAGAGGGUAUGGAGAAGCUCAAAUACGAAGAAGAGAAGCUUCAGGGCCGUUAUUGGCGAAAAGGAACAUGAUCCAUAUGAGGAGUUCAUGUUUGAUGAGAUUAGAAUGUCACCAAAUUCGUUUCUGAAAGCUGGUAUUUGUUUUACUUGUGUCAACGAGGAUAUCUCUGUUGGAAUAAUCCACGUUGAUCCGGUAAAAUGCCAGGUUUCUGGGUUCUUGGAGUUUAAAGAGACACAAUCUCUGAAGAAAUGGAUCAAAUAUUACGGUUCCUCAGCUAUGAGGAGUAAACGUUUGGACUCUUCAACGACUGUUUUGGCGUUCACUGCAAACGUUGUUGAUUUUGAGAGGUUUGACCUCAGAUUCAAGUCACGUUCGUUCGAUGCACUUAUGGGGACGUAUACACAAGAGUCCAGUGGGAAUUACUAUAUCCCAAGAAAGGACGAUUAUUCUGUGAUGUACUCCAACUUCAUCAAUCGACAGUUGUAUAAAUGGAGAAUGUUGAAACCGUUCAAAGGGUUAUCAGUGGAGCAGCACAAGGGGAUAAUGACUUGUACGAAAUGCAUUGCUAAGCUGCAAUCGAGAUAUCAGCUCAUGCACGUGUUUUUGGAGGGCGGUGAUCAUACAGAACUGUUGAUGAGCUUGGAUAAAAGAUGCGGGACCUUGGAGGCUGUAUCCGCUGGUGAUUCUGAUGCUAUGAGCAUGAGACGGUCGGCCAUGGGGAUCGUUCCAACAUUGGAUAGGGUAAUGAGGUUCAUACCAAACACCGCGAGAUAUGUGUCACCUAGUAUCUCUAUGAAAUGAAGUACCAACCAGGUGAUGGAAGUAUAUAUACAUAUUACAUAUAACACAACUGUAAGAUGGCCCCUCAAAAGCAGGAAGGAAGACAAAGGGAAAGCGAGAGGGGCAUCUGUGGGAAGACAAUGAAUACAAUGGACUGGGAUAUAU